UUCUCUCUGUGUGUCUGUCUCUCUCUGAGUCCCUCUGGGCCCGACGGGGCAAGCCGGCUUGCCCCCAGCUCCCCAGUGCCGGGGAGUCUUUGGGACAGCCCAACAGCUGGACCGCGGGACGCGACGGCUCCCGGCCCGGGCGCCGGUCCAGCUCCGACUCCGCCCCCCGCCCGGUGGGGGCCAGGUCCAGCAAAUCAGAUGUUGGUUGGUCACGUCCAUUCCCCAGGCUCCAUAUAGAGCCUGCAUUACUGGAGACAGAAGAAGGAACUGCAGUCCAGCACAGUAUUCUGUCAGACCCACAGGUGUCCAGCCAGCUGGUCACGCAGUCAGCGAUGGCACCGUUCCUACGCAUCUCCUUCAAUUCGUAUGAUCUGGGCUCUCUGAUAACUUCUGAGGAGCAAUGCCAGCCCUUCUGUGCUGUCAAGAUGAAAGAAGCUCUAACCACAGACAGAGGGAAGACCCUAAUCCAGAAGAGGCCAACCAUGUAUCCCGAGUGGAAUUCGAGUUUUGACGCUCACAUUUAUGAAGGCCGGGUGAUCCAGAUUGUGCUGAUGAAGGCUGCUGAAGAGAUCUUGUCUGAGGCGACUGUUGGUGUCUCGGUCCUAGCUGAAAAAUGCAAGAAGAGCAGCGGCAAAACAGAGUUUUGGCUUGACCUACAACCCCAGGCAAAAUUGCUGAUGGCUGUGCAGUAUUUCUUAGAAGAUAAAGACAAGGAUGAUUCUGAUCGCACCAUGAACCGCAGAGGGGCUAUCAAGCAGGCGAAGAUCCGUUACAUCAAGAACCAUGAAUUUAUUGCCACCUUCUUUGGACAACCCACAUUCUGCUCUGUCUGCAGGGAUUUUGUCUGGGGUCUUAACAAGCAAGGAUACAAGUGCAGAGAGUGCAACGCUGCAAUCCAUAAGAAAUGCAUCGACAAGAUCAUUGGGAGAUGCACGGGGACUGCGGCCAACAGCAGAGACACUAAGUUCCAGAAGGAACGUUUCAAAAUCGACAUGCCACACCGCUUCAAGAUGAACAAUUACAUGAGCCCAACUUUCUGCGACCACUGUGGCAGCCUGCUCUGGGGGCUGGUAAAGCAAGGGUUAAAGUGUGAAGAAUGCGGGAUGAAUGUUCAUCACAAGUGUCAGAAGAAAGUGGCGAAUCUAUGCGGCAUCAACCAGAAGCUUUUAGCUGAAGCUUUAAAUCAAGUUAGCCAGGUUCUCAGGCCCCCGGAGAUGAAGAAAACCGGCCGUAAAGCCGAUGCGGAUGUGGAAUGUAUUGGCAUCUACCAGUCGGUUGAGAAGAAGGUGGAGACCAUAGGAGAGUGCAGUGCCGAACCAUCAACCUCUAAAACACCUAAAGAAAUCCUAGAGGAAAAGCAUAAUCUGAACAUCGAGAACUUUACCUUCCACAAAGUCUUGGGCAAGGGAAGCUUUGGAAAGGUGCUUCUGGCAGAACUGAAGGGAAAGGGGGAGUUCUUCGCCAUCAAGGCACUCAAGAAGGAUGUUGUUCUGAUUGAUGAUGAUGUCGAGUGCACUAUGGUAGAAAAGCGGGUGCUAGCGCUAGCUUGGGAGAAUCCAUUUCUCACCCACCUGUUCUGCACCUUCCAAACCAAGGACCAUCUAUUCUUUGUCAUGGAAUUCCUGAAUGGGGGAGACCUGAUGUUCCACAUCCAGGACAAGGGCCGAUUCGACCUCUACAGAGCCACGUUUUAUGGAGCAGAGAUCCUGUGUGGUUUGCAGUUUCUGCACAGUAAAGGCAUAAUUUACAGGGACCUCAAACUGGAUAAUGUGAUGCUGGAUAAAGAUGGGCACAUCAAGAUUGCUGACUUUGGGAUGUGCAAGGAGAACGUGGUGGGAGAGAACCGGGCAAGCACCUUUUGUGGCACUCCAGACUACAUAGCCCCAGAGAUUCUGCAAGGCCAUAAGUACACAUUCUCCGUGGACUGGUGGUCAUAUGGGGUUCUACUCUAUGAGAUGCUCAUCGGGCAGUCUCCCUUCCACGGGGAUGAUGAGGACGAACUGUUUGAAUCCAUCCGGCUGGACAACCCCUACUUCCCCCGUUGGAUCACCAAAGAGUCGAAGGACAUCCUAGAGAAAUUAUUUGACAGAGAUCCAAACAAAAGGCUAGGGGUGACCGGAAACAUCAGGAUGCACACCUUCUUCAAAUCCAUCAACUGGACGUUGUUAGAAAAGCGGCAAGUGACUCCACCUUUCAAGCCCAAAGUGGCUGCAGCCAGAGUGAUCUGGAGUGAGGGGGCGGGGCUUGCACUCCAGAGACCAUCGCAGUCUUCAGUGCAAGAGACCUACCUACCUAUGGAGCUGCACAUCCAAGGGAGGGGCCCAGCCCACCCCCCGAUCCCCAAACCCUUCAUCAGAGAACCUGGCCAGCCGGAGGAGACUAAGCUGAGUCUAGCGGGCCCCGCCCCAAUGCUAAACUGGGCCGGGGGGCAGGGGAGGAUGUUUGGGAAGAAACGGGCAUCAACCGGGGUCCCCGAUGAAUAUGCCUUCAGAGCAGAGGGCUCCCCCCGCCCACAGCAGAGAGGGAAAGCAGGCUCCAUUAGGCUCAGCUGGGGCAGGUGAAUGGAGUCUGAUCUCUCCAG